GAAGAAGGCUACAGAAGGAUGCACGGCCUGGCCCGCACUGUCCGCCGCCGGAGCCUGUCCUGCCCACCCGCCCGAAAUCAUGACGCGCACGCCGGGCCUCAUGGUGCCCCUGCUGGGCCUGAGCCUGGGGCUGGCCCUUAGCCUGCCCAGAGCUGUGGCAACCGACUGCGGGUCCCUCGGGCGCGUGGAGCAACUGGCAUUCGCUCCGGCGGCCAGGACCCGAUGGCUGGCCCCUCGGUUCCGCGCGCCAGGGCCCCUGGACUCCCUGUAUGGCACCGUGCGGCGAUUCCUCUCCCUGGUUCAGCUCAACCCCUUUCCUUCAGAGUUGAUAAGGGCCUUGCUGAAUGAUCCACCUUCUGUGAAGACCGAUGAGGUGGUUCGGUAUGAGGCAGGCUACGUGGCGUGCGCUGUGAUCGCCGGCCUCUACCUCCUGCUGGUGCCCAUCACUGGACUCUGCUUCUGCUGCUGCCGCUGCCGCCGGCGCUGCGGGGGCAGGCUGAAGACGGAGCACAAGGCCAUGGCCUGUGAGCGUGGCACCCUCAUGACCUUCCUGCUGCUGACCACGCUCGUACUUCUGAUCGGUAUGGUCUGUGCUUUUGCUACUAACCAGUACACACAUAGUCAGACAGGCCCCAGUGUGAAAGCUGUCCCUGAGACCCUGCUCAGCCUCAGAGGCCUGGUCUCUGAUGUUCCUCAAGAGCUGCAGGCCGUGGCUGAGCAGUUCUCCGUGCCCCAGGAGCAAGUCUCAAAGGAGCUGGAUGGUGUCGGUGAGAACCUUGGGAACAUAAUUCAUAACCGGCUCAAGAGCACAGUGUACCCGGUGCUAGCCUCAGUGCACAGCCUGGGCCAGGCCCUGCAGGUCUCCAUAGACCAUCUUCGAGCCCUGAACGCCACCUCAGUGGAGCUGCAGGAGGGUCAGCAGCACCUGGGAGCCCCUCUGCAGGCACACCGGGAAUACCUGCUCACCCUCCUUCAGGAGAGCUGGUGCCGAGGGAGCUGCCAGGGGGUCCUGAGCCGGGCCAGUGCUCUGCAGCUGGGUGCUGACUUCAGCCAGGUGCCCUCUGUGGAUGAUGUCCUGCACCAGCUGAAGGGUGUCCCGGAGGCCAACUUCUCCAGCAUGGUCCAGGAGGAGAACACCACCUUCAAUAGCCUCCCGCUCCUGGUUGCAAUGCAGACGGCCAAUGUGGUCAAAGAUCUGAAAAAGGCACUGGCUGAGCAGCCUGAAGGUGUGAGGAUGCUAGCCCAAGAGUUCCCAGGCUCUGAGGCGGCUUCCCGAUGGAGCCAGGCACUGGAGAGGCUGGAACUACACAGCCGCCCCUACUUGCAGGAAGUGCAACGGUAUGAGACAUACAGGUGGAUUUUGGGAUGUGUGCUGUGCUCUGUCGUCUUGCUUGUGGUGAUCUGUAACCUGCUGGGCCUCAGCCUAGGCAUCUGCGGGUUGUUUGCCAGGGAGGACCCCAGCCACUCUGAAACCAAGGGCGAGGCUGGAGCCCGCUUCCUCAUGGCAGGUGUGGCCUUCAGCUUCCUCUUUGCAGCCCCGCUCAUCCUUCUCGUGUUCGCCACCUUCCUGGUGGGUGGCAAUGUGCAGACGCUGGUGUGCCGGAGCUGGGAGAGUGGAGAGCUGUAUGAGUUUGCAGACACCCCGGGGAACCUGCCCCCAUCUAUGAACCUGUCCUACCUUCUUGGCCUGAAGAAGAACAUCAGCGUCCUCCAGGCCUAUCGACAGUGUAAGGCAGGGGCCGUGCUCUGGAAGGUUCUGCAGCUCAAUGACUCCUAUAACCUGGAUAAGCACCUGGAUAUCAAACAGUACACCCGCAAGUUUCAACAGGAGCUGCAGCGCUUCAAAGUGGAUGUGAAGGACCUUGACCUGUUGACCCCCGAAGCUCGACAGGACCUGGAGGCUUUGCAGGGUAGCAGGCUGGAGAAAAUCCACUAUGGAGACUUCCUUGUACAGAUCCAAAAGCCUGUGGUGAAGACUGACAUGGAGCAGCUGGCGCAGGAGCUGGAAGGACUGGCUCUGGCCCAGAACGACUCUGCACUGAGGCAGCAGCUACAGGAGGAGGCCAGAGAGCUUCGAAGCCUCUACCAGGAGAAGGUUGUCCCCCAGGAGAGCCUUGUGGCCAAGCUCAACCUCAGUGUCAGGGCCCUGGAGUCCUCUGCCCCAAAUCUUCAGGUGAAUGCCUCAAACAUUCUUGGCAAUGUCACUUAUCUCAAAGGAGAGCUGCCUGCCCAGACCAGCCUCAUCCUGAGGAAUGCCACUGAGUGUUUCCUGACCAGGGAAAUGGACUACUUCUCUCAGUAUGUGGCCUGGGUAAAAGAAGAGGUGACUCAGCACAUCGCCACCUGCCAGCCCCUCUCUGUAGCCCUGGACAAUGGUCAUGUGAUCCUGUGUGACAUGAUGGCCGACCCCUGGAAUGCCUUCUGGUUCUGUCUGGGGUGGUGCACCUUCCUCCUCAUCCCCAGCAUCAUCUUCGCUGUCAAGACCUCCAAAUACUUCCGUCCCAUCCGGAAACGCCUCAGCUCCACCAGCUCUGAGGAGACACAGCUUUUCCAUAUCCCCAGGGUCACCUCCCUGAAGCUAUAGGACCCACUGGGCAAGGUGAUCCCUGGGGGCUUCCUGUCCUUCUUCCUUGUCUCAGCCUGGACCAGAAGACUUCCGUAAUUCCUGUCCCAGAGCCCAGGCUGGCCUCUAGUGCUGGCCUGUCCCCUCUUCUCCUCCAGCUUACCAGUCUCGCCUUUGCACCCUUUCUCCUCGUGAACCAAAUCAUACUCGGCCUUUACUGAACUACAGAGCCAAUGGGUUCUUCUGGCCAUCUAGCCCUUGUCCUCCUUGCUGUGGUAUCUCAACAACACAAAGGGCCUCUUCUCCGCCCAUGGAAGCUCCUUCUCCAGCCUUUAGGGACACAGAUUCCUCCAUUUGCCCCAUCUCUUUCUCCCCUCUUCCUGUCCUAGCACCUCUCCCCUUGGCUGAGUUUGGUCCCCCACCUGUCCCAGCCUCCUUCCUGUUCCCUGCCCAGCUUGCUCUCUCCAUGGAGGUCCUGCCUCCCUCUCCCCUCUUUACCUUCUCCUUGCUGCUACCUUGCUGGUUCCCAGCAGACGUCAUGGUUGAGGUCGUGACCCCUGAGCCUUCUGUAGCUCUAGUCUGUAUCUCCUGUUCCCAGCAGGUAAGGCAGGCCUGUGUGAGGACUGAGCUGUUAGAAAUAGCAGUGCUGGCCCUAUCUUCUCUCUGAGCAUUGCCUCCUAAGAUAGGAUGAGGGAUGUGGCCACACUGGGGUUCUCCCUUUGACUCACAGGCAGUAGCAUGGGUGGUCCCCACUGUCUUUCCCUGGAAGGAUCUAAGUGGUGAGAACAAAGUAUUUGCACUCCUCCUUCCAUUCUGCACAUAUGGCCUGGGCUCACCCCUCACCCAUCUCUGCAUGGUCCCUACGUGCUGGACACUGGGUCCAGAAAGGACGAAGAAAAGAGAGACAACAUGGACCAGCCUCUGUUCCAUUAACAUGUUCUCACAUCCCUAAGCUUUGGUUCUGGGUCCCUGAGGCUGGUCUCUGAGGCUGAGGCUCAGUAUACGUUUGGUAUUUAAUGCACAUUUGUGAGAAGAGCUCCAAGGCCUCUCUGACUGCAGGCAUCCUGGGACUGUGGGAUGAUUCAGUGGGAGGAGCAGCGCCUGCCUAGUCAUGUGAUCACAGCCUGGUUCUGAUGCUGCUAGCUGGGGCACCUCGUGUUGCAUGGGUUCCCCCAAGCCUCGAUUUCUUUUAUUGUAAAGUGGAGGGUUGUGAAAGUCACACAUGAUGAUGGGCAGAAAGCCUCGACAGGGUCUGGUGUUGAGCAAGUGCAGCUCCCGAAGCUCAGGAGUUCCGAGCCAGGCUGAAAGAAGAGUCAGGGUCUGGGCAUGAGGGAGGGAUGCCCUUCAUGAUGCUUGCCGGCUCUGUUUCUGGAAAUGUUGAAUUACAUCUUAUGAACUGGAUAGUGGUCCCCAAUGCACUGAGACUCCUGCAAGCAUAUGCUCAAACUGGCAUCCUGGCAGAUUUUUUUUUU